AUAAGAGUGUCAUGGCGGAGAAUGUUACACUCAUAGGAAGAAUUAUAUGUUGAAUUUGACUGUGAAUUCAGUGAAUUGUUUUAUCUUAACCGUGUUGCUUUACCCGUACUCUACCUGGACUAGAUGCUUCACUUUUCAAGAUUUGACAACUGUUUCAUUUCAAGAUGAAGAUCAAUGAAAAAAAUUUGUGUGCUUACAGUGUAUCUCCAACACAGAUUGACAAAGAAGGUUACCUCUUGAAGAAAGGCGAGGUUAACAAAAGCUUCCAGAGACGCUGGUUUGUUUUGAAGGGAAAUCUUCUGUUUUACUUUGAGAAAAAGGGUGAGAGAGAACCCAUCGGUGUUAUCAUAUUGGAGGGAUGCACUAUUGGUAAGUGUGGUGCUGCAGCAAGAACUGUGAAUAUGUAUGAGUUGGCAGAAUGCGAGGAUCAGUUUACUUUCAAGUUACUUUUCCAUGGAGGAGGAGGAAGAACUUACAUUCUUGCAGCAGACUCUCAAGAAUCUCUCGAGGCAUGGAUGAAGGCACUGGCUCGGGCUUCAUACGACUAUCUCAAACUCAUGGUGGCAGAGCUUCAGAAGCAGUUAGAUGAACUUAAUGAUGCAGAAAAGCAGGCCCAGGGAGGCGGUGGUGAAGAUGACAGCCUUCACCCUCCCAAGGCACCUCACCGCCAACGACAAAACCCCUUUAACAGAACCCAGAGUUCUAAUGAAGUUACCCUAGACCCUUGCUUGGCAAUGCGCAUGAGAGCUAAUACUGUAUCAGGAGGAGGAGGGCACUACCUCACACCUUCAACAAUCCCUCAGCGCCCUGCACCACCACCACCACCAUCUGUGGCUCACAUAACCAUUAACAAACGGACAUUUGCACAACUGCACUCUGAGUAUGGAGUCCCAAUUUUGAGGGAUAAAGAACUCAACAGAGUGAAAAAAGGCAAAGGUGUUAACAAAGGACAAACAUUUAAUCUAGGGAGACAGGAACCCCAGGAUGCAGUGAUAACAAAUUCUGUGAGGCAGCCUGAGACUUCUACCACAGAAACUGUAAUGGACCUUAUCAGCUUUUGAAAUUAAUACUGAAAAUUGAAAGAAAAUUAUUUUAUGAAGAUUUCUAGGAUUUAAAAUUAAUUAUUCUGGUGAGUGGAGUUAUUUAACAAAUCUUAGCACUUACUGAAAGGUGAUCUUUAGCCAGGGAACCAAACUGUGAUUGUAUUGCAACUUGUUUUUAAGUGUUCCUAAUAAAACAAACCUGCAUUUGCUGUUUUCCUCCUUAAUGGUAUGGUGUUCCUCUGGGUGGGAAUAGAUAAUCUAUUUUAUGGUCAAUAUAUACUUAAGCUACUCAACAGAGUUAGGUGACAGCUUAUAAAUAACAGUGUAUAAUAAUGUGGAUUUUGCAGUAAACAUCUUUCAUGUGCAUGAAUUGUUAAGAAUGUAAACCAUGUUAUGGAUGGGGUCUUAAAACUCCAGGCCAGUGUGUAAAUCAUUGGAACACCUGACUACAAUAAGAUUCAUCAAACUAGGUGUAUUUAUACACCUUACGGAGGUUAGCAUGGACCCCUCUAUGACCACAAAUGCAAGUUUUUACAGAAGAAUCUCCCGCCAGCAUGGGAUUCGUGUGUAAAAACUUGCAUUUGUGGUGACAGUGGUAGCCCAUGCUAACCUUCCUAUGGUGUAUAGAAAUAUAGCUAAUUAGGUGAAUCGUAUUGUAGCCAGCUGCUCUAGUGGCUUAUACACUGGCCUGGAGUUUUACAACUCCCUCGGUUUGGGUUCAAACCCCACCCAUUCCGUGGUUUAUUUACAAUUGUGUUAUUACAAUUUCAUGAGUCUUGUUAGAAAUAGCAUUUUGAGGUUUUACGUUCAAUAUGUACUGUAGCUGCUCAGAAGUCUACAAUAUUCAGUGGGUUGUGCAAUGGAAAGAGUUAUAUUUUGGGCCUGGGGUGAAAAGUUCUUUUGGUAGCUGAAUAAAAACUAUAGAAUUUAACUCAAAAUCUAGGUGGUGUUCUUUUUGUUUUUGGUGAUGGACUAAGCAGCUUUUUUUUCCUUUAGGCCCAAAAUGCAGGGUGUUUCAGCAAGAUAGUCCCAGUCAUGAAAUAUACUGCUUUGAAAUUCGGUUCAUCAUUUUGAAACAUGCUGUAUAACUAGCUAUAUUGCAAAACCCACUUAAUGUUGCAGAAUUACUUAGUAAUCCUAGCCCAGGGUCAGCUGUGGUGAAAAAACUCAAAACUCAUUAAAGGUAUAAGUAUCCAUAUUUAUAUGAGCCACUAAAGUAAAUAUUGACCUGUUUUUCUGUUAUUUAGAUUGUCAUGUGUGGUACACAGCAGCAGUAAUGUUGUAAGAAUUGCACUACAUUAUAUACCCAUAUUUUAACACUCAAUUGUGAGGUGUCUUAGGCUUUUAUUGUAACAAAGGUAUGCUGAAUGUCCCAUAUGGGUUUAGUGCUUUCUAUUUUUUUCUAUAAUCAUGUAACACAAGUAUACUAAAUUAUACACACUUUAAAGUGCUUUCUUUGUGUAUAAAUAUAACAGUGAUGUAACUUAAGUAUCAACUGAAACUUUUUUUUUUUGUCAUCAAUAAUAUUUAUAAUUAUUACUGUUGAUGCAUUUGAAUACUCUAAACAUUUCAUGCUGUACUUUUUAGUGCAUUACUACUGAAUAAUAUAUGGAGUGUGUGAUAAUUUAUAUUAAAAUAGCAUAAUUUACAUUGCAUUUUGAAUCAUAAGGUUCCUAGCAAUUCACUACAUCAUUUCUAAUGAAACUGUCUCUCCAUCUAGCAGUACAAGUGAUGCUAUGGUAUAUACUGUAGAUCAUUGAUUAAUAGGAGCCAUUGAGGAAGGGGUGAACAGAUUUUCAAAAUCACCAAAUAUUGGUAACAUUGUUGUAAGGUUCCUAUUAAGAAUAAACAUUCAGUACCAUGACUUGAAUAUUUGGCCUAAAAGCUGAACUUAGAAGAGGGACUGUAUGAUGAGAUUUCAGUCCUUGGAUACACCAAAGAAUCGUGAAGUUCCUCUCCUAAUAGCAGGUUUUUGGCGGAUGGUUCCUAGGGUUUGCACAUUCUUUGUCUCCAUUUUCUGUGCAGGUGCUCAGUAAGAAUAGCACUGUUGAAUGAUAUUGGAUGCCAAAUAACUGAUCACCACACAAUUGAUCAUCUACUGUACCAAUACAAAAUUACUGUAACUUUAAUUCAUUGCAUUGACAUUCAGUGUGCUCGCUUACUGUGUGCUGUACACAGACGCUUCAAUAUUUUUCUAUAAUGAGCUCUAAAUGAGAGAGAGAUUACCUACAAUAACUAAGUCUUGAAAGAAUAUGUUGUCAUUAUGGUACCAUAAAUAUAGGUUUUCAGUUUUUUCUACAGAAUUACAUGGGAUUCAUCUCUAUAUAACUGUAUAAUUCUGUUAUAGAGUAUUUAACUUAUUAUUAUUGAAAGUCUGUAUGUGAUUGUAUGGACAUAUUCCUUCUUUGCAUGAAAAGCUAGUAGUCAGUGUCUUGUGGUGAAACUUGAAGCAUUUCUUUAAUAGAAAGGAGAGGGAGGGAAGAUUGAAACUGAUAGAUUCAGAAAAAGGUGAAUGGUCUGCUUCAUUAAUGGUAUAAUGUAAACUUCUUGUCUUUCAACAAACCGGCCGUAUCCCACCGAGGCAGAGUGGCCCAAAAAGAAAAAAGUUUCUCUUUUCAAAUUUAGUAAAUAAUGUAAACAAGUUGAUCAAUAAGACAUAUGUGCAGCACCUGGACCAUGCCAUACUGUACAUGGAACUGGUUUUAAGAAAUCUAAUCCAGAAGGCCAACCUGAGGCUAAGUUUCAUUGUUAACUUCCUGGUCAUUCUGGCUGGUACUACCAGUGACUUGCAUGAGUACAUACUAACUGAUUAGUAUGAUACGUGGAUAUGCUUUUUGAGAAAUGUUACUUAUACAGCAGAAUUGAUCACUUUAAUACAGUGGCAUGAGGAUAGUGACCAUAAAAGUUGCUGUUUUUAUAUUUCUAUAUUAACUCGCCAAACUGAAGAGGCUUUUAAAAUCAUUAUGAUUUUGUGAAUCUUUUGUACAGGUCAGUCAUCACUACUCUGGCAUUAUUGAGACCUGUAGGGUGCCUGAUUAGUAAUUUUGCUGGAUCACAGAGUGGUUAGGUUAGAGUACACUUAACCUAACAGCUAAUUCUUCAUGAGAAAUUUUGGAUUGUUCCUUCACCAGAUCUCUAGAUCUGGAUUAGUGAUUGCUGGAUCACUGAUGGCUGACCUGUUAUAUUGAUGGUUCCUGCUGCAGUGACAAUACCCAUGUGUGUCUUACUGAUCAGUUGUGCUUCAGUCAGUAUUCAGUCCUGUAGGUCAUUAGUUACAACAACCUCAAUGACCAGGUAGUUAACAAUGAUGCCUGGUCUCUUGUCAAUUUUCUGGAAAAGAUGUCUUGUAAUUGGUUACAGAUACAGCAGGAAAGGGUUCAAGUGUCAUACAUUAAUAAGAAGAAACACAGCAAUGAAUUAGAAAAGUCUGAAAAUGAUAGAGAAUUCCUUGCAAAAUGGCUUUGUUAGCAUAAAUAUUUUUUCAAAUACCUAUUUUUUCAAAUAUCUGGAUUUUUUCUCCAACUGAAGGUUGAUGAAAUUUUAACCCUUUCAUCACAUGUAUCACCCAGUUAGUUUCCAGCAAGUGGCUCUUCUUUACAAAAAUAAAGUAUCCAUUAUGUUUUUUUUUUUUUUAUUAGAAAGAGACCAUAAGGUUUCCAUAUCUUGCACUUACUUUCCUUAAAAUGAAAUAUCUAGCAAAAAGUAAUUUGUUAAAAUUUAUCUUUUUAGUUUCUGUUGAUUUAGGUAUUUAAAAUGUAGCUACAAGUAUUCCUGGCCCUAUUAUUUCAUUCAAAUACAAAAAAUACAUAUACUGUAUGUUAUUUUAUAAUCCCUUUAAUUGUAUAAAAAAUUAAUUUUUGAGGGACAUUUUUUAGGGAUUUAUUCUUUUCAGAUAUUUACAUUUUGGUUAUUGUUACAUUGAGUAAACACACAAAAAUUGAAUAUUAAAGUUUAUCCUGUAACAAGUUGAUUUUUUCUUAUAAUGUGAUUAAAUUUGCAGUUUUAUUUCACUUUUCUGUAUAUAUUUUUAUUUAACACCUAUUAUAUCACUUACAUAAGUACUGUAUUCCUCCAUGGGGAAGUGGAACAGAAUUCUUCCUCCGUAAGCCAUGCAUGUUGUAAGAGGUGACUAAAAUGCCGGGAGCAAGGGGCUAGUAACCCCUUCUCCUGUAUAUAUUACUAAAUGUAAAAGGAGAAACUUUGGUUUUUCCUUUUGGGCCGCCCCGCCUCGGUGGGAUACAGCCAGUGUGUUGAAAGAAAGAAGAAGAAGUACUGUAUUACAGUAUUCAUAUAUUACACAAUUUAUAAUGAAAAUCAGUAAAAUAUGCAUUGUCUUGAGCAGGAAAUAGUUUUCACUUUGGUUGCUAGAUGGCAACAGGUACUGGGCUGAAAUAUCGCCACCUGAUUUGUGAUAUCUUGGCAUCCAGUCGCAGAAUAUUCAAACACUUUUUUUGAUGGCAAGAGAGAAAGAGCAAGUUAUUUAGAAGUUAAACGACCCAUUGUGACCAAGAGUAUCCACUAUAAAUUUUGAAAGCCAGUUAUGUCUGCUUUGUGUGGACAAAAUCAUGAAUUAUUAUAAGCUGAUGAAGAUAUAUAAAGUAUAUUUACUGGUAGAUAAGAGAUAUCCCAAGUUCUGUAUAAGCUUUAAUUCUAUAUUUAAGUACAAUAGGUGUCUGCAGUGGAACUGAAGUUUCUGAAGAUUCUCACCAUUAUAACAAGCUAAAAAUGUAGACUAUUAAUUUAUCAGUGUCUUCUAUAUUUUUUCUAAAUGUAAGUUGCCUAGUUAAUUGCUUAAAUAAUUUCUUAUAUAAAAGAUAACUAAAAAUAACAACAUUGACUCAACAAAAUUUUCAUUCUAGUAGUUUUUAAGGCAAAAUUGGUAAUUAUAUCUAUGAAUUUUUCUUUCCUUACUGAUUGAUCAAAUGUAGAAUUGUUUCAAGAUAUUUUAAUUGCAUUUAAGUGUCAAAAACUUUUGAACAUUUUGUCAAAAUAUUCCACAUGUUGGUUUGGCUGUUACACAAGUGAAUCAGCUACCUGUCACUUGCAGGGAGUAACAAAGAUGUGUAGUGAGAAUGAGCACUGUCUCAAAGAACAUUAGUGAGAAAGAAAGGUAGAAGAAAGAGAUAGACAAUAGUAAGAACAUUUAUAUUAGACAAGAAAAUACUUUCAUAGUUAAGGCAGUGUGAAGGGGAAGAAAGUGUGGCUGCCGCUUAACCCUUUGACUGUCGCGGCCGUAUAUAUACGUCUUACGAGGUACCGUGUUUGACGUAUAUAUACUCAUAAAUUCUAGCGGCUUCAAAUCACACAGGAGAAAGCUGGUAGGCCCACAUGUGAGAGAAUGGGUCUGUGCGGUCAGUGUGCACCAUAUAAAAAAAAUCCUGGAGUGCGCAGUGCAUAAUGAGAAAAAAAAAACUCCAGCCGUUUUUUUUUUUUAAUUAAAAUGCCGACUUUGUGAUCUAUUUUCGUAUAGUAUUUAUGGUUGUAUUCUAGUUUUCUUGGUCUCAUUUGAUAGAAUGGAAAACAUAUUAUAGAAAUAGAGGUGAUUUUGAUUGAUUUUAUUAUAAAAAGAACAUAGAAAUGGAGCUCAAAGUAGGGGAAAUGUUUGAUUUUUGCCAAUGUUCAAAAGUAAACAAAUGAUGCCAUUGUCCAAUAAAUGUCCAACUAGCCAUUCUAAUAUGCAGUUAUGAAUGGGUUGAUGUUAUUUUAUACAAUUAUUGCAGUAGUCUGCAUAAUAGUAAGUCUUCUAUUUUUUGUUUGAAUAAAAAUUCAAAAUAGAAAGCAAGAGUAAUAUCAGAGGGGCCUGGAGACAUGACUGAUGAGCAAAGAAAAUGUUAUUUUAGAGCCAGGAAUGUCUGCAUUGUUCAUUCUGGACCUUAUUUUGAAAUUGUCAUAUUUUUUAGUUUUCAUGAAAUUGGCCAAAUUGCAAAUGUCUGACCACAUUAUUAGGUAGUUGAAAUUGGUAAAUGGGCAGUUUUUGUACUCAAUCGAUAGAAAAAAUGGAGUUCUAAAGAAUUAGCUAUGAGUUUGGGUAACUGGAACAACGGAAUUAGCCGAAAAUAGGGCUCAAAGUGGGCAAAAUUGCCGAUUUAUAAACAGCGCCGAGGUUGCUAACUUCGCGAGAGCAUAAUUCCAUCAGUUUUCCAUCAAAUUUCGUUUUUUGGUGUCAUUACAAUCGGGAAAAGAUUCUCUAUCAUUUCAUAAGAAAAAUUUUUUUUUUUUUUUUUUUAAAUUUUGCAACUCCAGGAGACACCUCAGGAUUGGGGGUUGCGACAGUUAAAGGGUUAAGGUGUCCCAAGAAUAGAACCAUCAAUGAGUGCAACAAAAAGAAUGUUUUUACCUUCACCGUGAAAGUUUCUGUAAGCAACUGUUGAUACCUGAAUUUGAAUGACAGUGUCAUCCAUUGGAGACACUGCAGUGAAAACAGAUUUCAAUUAUUCUGCUAUGGAAAACUUGGGGAAAUAAAAUUUGGAUCAGAGUAUAAAGCAAAAAACUAAUGUGAAGGACCUAGGAGUGAUAGUGUCAGAGAAUCUCACUUUCAAAGAUCACGACAAUGCCACUAUCAUAUCUACUAGGAAAAAGAUAGGAUGGAUAAUGAGAACCUUCAAAAUUAGAGAUGCCAAGCCCAUAAUGAUUCUAUUCAAAUCACUUGUUCUCUUUAGGCUGGAAUAUUGCUGUACACUAACGGCCCUUUUCAAGGCAGGUGAAAUCACAGAUCUGGAGAAUAUACAGAUAACUUUCAUGGCACAUAUAAAUACAAUAAAGCACCAAAAUUACUGGGAACUGUUGAAGUCCCUUGAUUUGUAUUCCCUGGAAUGCAGGUGAGAAAGAUACAUGAUAAUAUACACUUGGAAAAUCCUAGAGGGAUUAGCUCCAAAUCUGCACAUGAAAAUCACUCCAUACGAAAGCAAAAGACUUGGCAGGCAGUGCAACAUCCCCCCAGUGAAAAUCAAAGGUGCCACAGGUACAUUUAGAGAUAACAGUAAGUGUCAGGGACCCAAGAUUGUUCACCUAAAGUCGGUACCUGACCAGCUGGGCUGUGGUUUGUACGUUGGUCUGCAUGUGACCGGCAGUAACAACUUGGUGGAUCUACCAUGAGGCCUGGUCAUGGACUGGGCUGCAGAGGCAUUGACCCCCGAAACCCUCUCCAGAUAUGCUCCAGCCCUUGUGGUUUAGUACUGCUUCUUUAUUAUAAUAUUAAUCCAGGUAUACUCCAAGUAUAAUGCAGUGCCACUAGUUUUGACGAAGUUAUGGCAGCCUUCAUAAUAAAGACCAUUUAUAUCUUUCAGUUUUAUAUAUGUAUAUAUAUAAUACCAUUUGUAUACUUUGAUUUAUUUAUAAGGAAAUUUAUAAAUUUUGUGGUUGUAAAAAUUACUAGAAAUUUGUAAAUAAUUUAUAAAUUAAGAUUUUGUCUCUUAGGAAGUGCCAAAAUAUGUACAGAUUGUUAAUCUGUUUUCUACUUUCAACUUUGUUUUAUAUAUCCAGUUGUAACCCAUGAAUCUGCAUACUGUAGAAAAUUAAUAUUGAGCCACUCAAAGAAAAUAAAAGUUGAAAUGGUGUAAUUCACUCUUCAUGUUGGAUGAGCCUUCACAUUUUUUUUUCUCAGGCAUUUAAUUUUAAAUAUAUGAUAACUUAUGAGAGA